GCAUCUCUAAAUAAUAAUGAUUUUCGGGAAAGCUGUGAUGUCAAAAUGUUGGUGACGAAUGCAGAACUCCUGGCCUACUAGCCUGGUACCAUAUAGUUGAGCCACAGUUCCCAUUCUAGCACUAUAUAAAGGUUGCUGUCAACUUGUCCCGAGGUCUACAAAAAGAGUUCGGAUUUUUUAAUGAAGAAAAAAAAAAGUUCUUGGAUCAUUCAGUGUCAAGUCGGAGUUGAUUUGAACCUCUCUUAUACAGGAGUUGAUUUGAACCUUUUUUCAACAGAAGUUGAUUUGAACCUCUCUUACAGAAGUUGGUUUGAACCUCUCUUAUACAGGAGUUGGUUUGAACCUCUCUUACAGAAGUUGGUUUGAACCUCUCUUACAGAAGUUGAUUUGAACCUCUCUUAUACAGGAGUUGAUUUGAACCUCUCUUAUACAGGAGUUGAUUUGAACGUCUCUUUUACAGGAGUUGAAUGGGAAGUAUAGAUCAAAGUUCAAAUGUCACCCAGUUCAAAGAUAGAGGAGUUCGGAUAAUCACAAGCAGACAAACGAAAGCGUUACUCUCUACGCUGGUGGCUUAUCGCAUCGGGAAAAAAACAAGUACCCAGAUGUCUCUGACACCGGAAGCGUUCGCUCUUCUUCUUGAGAUGUUCUCUAAAGCGACGGACAUGGUAGAAGAAAGCAGUGCUACCCAGUACAUCGAAAAGUUCCCACGAGAAGGAAAGGCCACAAGGUUACGUGAAAUAGUCAGAAACAUCUUUCCUAACGGAGAAAUCAAUUUUGGUCGCGUUCUGGUUGUUUUCAGUUUGGCCUACGAGAUGUGUGUACAGUUCCCCGAUGACGAGGAUUACAUUAUUGGAAUCAUGGAGACACUUGUGGAUGAGUUUCUUGUUGACUGGAUAGUGGAUAACGGAGGCUGGGAGAAGCUGAUAAUGUCUUGCCAAGCUAAAAGCGUACCCUUUCCAAAGACUAAGAUAGCUUGUUGCAUCGCUGCAUUAGCAGUGGGUGGAUUGCUUGUUUACAAAAAAGUUUUGUGAAAUUAACAAGAGAACAUAUAGCUGCUAGAAUUUUGUUUUCUUUUGGCCGUAUGGAUCUAGUUGCUUAGGAGCUAACCUGGACAAGACAUUUCUGUGUGACAGAUUGCAGUUUAAGGUGUUGACAUGCCUGUCUACUUAAUUUUAUAGACAACUUGUGAUGAAUUUGUGUGAUAGAUUGCAAUUUUCUAAAAGUGUUUUUCAUGCCUCAUCAACUUCAUUUUAUUUAUUUUUUCUCCCUAUGGUCUCUCUCUCUCUCUCUCUCUCUUGUCUCUCAUUGUGUUCUUACAUAAUAAUCAUACGUAUUGCCCAUGUGUGCAAAUAUGGUAUUACAUUUAAAUUUAUUUUAAGCAUCUUCAUCUCAUCGAACUCAUGAUUGGUCUUUGUUUUUAUGAAUAUUUAUACAUUAAUCUACACAGAAUAAAAAGUAAGCCUGGUCGAUACUAUUACAAAAUAGGUAAUACAUUUUGUAAUACAUCACAGGAAUCGUUAAAAAAAAAAUAU